AUAAUCUCCGCCAGUUUACACUCACCAAUUCCCUCGCCUUUCACACCCACAUACAAAGAACACAAAACAAACUCGCUCCCGAUUCUCCAAUAUUACCAAACCCUCUAUCUCAAAUCUAGUUUUCAUGGGUUCCUUAUCUUCCCCACCCCAAUUUUCUCUUCCGCCACGAGAAAAUUCUCAAAAUACUUCCUCAGACCAGUAUCGAGUCUACGCUGCAUUUUGCACAAGGGAUGCUACCCCUAACAUGAGCUUGUGUAACCGGAUUGAUUCCUAUGACCCAUCGAGCAACUCAUGGAACCGAGUCAGCACGAUUCCCGGGAUAGAGAACCACGUGCUUAAGGGCUUUUCCAUGGUCUCCAUAGGUGACUCGAUAUACGUAAUAGGUGGCCUGCUCCGCCAUAAAAUGGUAGGAAGGGACCUUGAUGAAAUCAUUGAAGUCGACCUAGAGGUCCUCCCAUCAGUGCUUCGUUACAAUGUCCGUGCGAACGUGUGGUUCAAGUGCGCGCCGCUAGGCACGGCCCGAUUCGAUUUUGCGUGCACAGUGACCGGUGGAAAAAUUUAUGUUGCGGGAGGGCAAUCGACGUUAGGAAGUGCUAGGGGAAUUUCAUCGGCCGAGGUUUAUGACCCGGCCUUGGAUGAAUGGAAGCCAUUGCCUAACAUGAGCACAUUGAGAUACAAAUGUGUAGGUGUGACAUGGCAAGGGAAAAUCCACGUGGUAGGGGGGUUUGCUGAGAGAGGGGGCGGUGAUAGGCUAGGACCAUACAACAUGGCAAGGAGCUCAGCUGAGGUGUACGACACGGGGCAUGCCAAGUGGGAACUCGAGGCAAGGAUGUGGGCGUUGGAUGUGCCACCGAAUCAAAUUGUCGCGGUUGAUGAAAAGCUUUAUAGCUCUGGGGAUUGCUUGAAAGUAUGGAAGGGACAUAUUGAUGCCUAUGAUAGGAAAGAAAAUAUAUGGAAUGUUGUUGAUGGGUCCUAUUUGGACACUUUGUCCUCUCCGACUUCCACAUCAGAUGAUGCCACAGAGGAACGAGUGUACCUCACAAUGGCACCAAUUGGGACUCACUUGUACUUCUUGGCAGGGUAUCGUGUGGCAGGCGAUAUCUCGAGAUUGAAGUCAGUUGUCCACGUAUUCGACACAUCAGCAAACGGCUAUGGCUGGAGGAGCUUUGGGCCAACGGAAGAGGAAGGAGAGAAGGAGAUGUGUUGCCACUGCUGUGUUGUUAAACAAGUCUCCUAGAAUUGUGUGCUCGUGUAGAACAUGAGCUUGCAUGG